AUGGCUUCGAUAUCUCUACCCCCGCAGCACCCAAUCACUCCAGCAUUCUCCGAAUAUCUUCGACCCAUCGAUCGGUCACCUGUCGGUCACAGCCGCCGCAACUUGACCAUGUCAACUCCGCUCCCAAACCCACCCUUUGUCUUCCCGGCACGAGACCCUGGCGAUACGGUACGCAGGACUCCCCCGCCCCUUCCGGCUUUCUCGUUCAAUCCAGGGUUUAACCACUCUGCACAGCCACCAGGUGGUCAUCGGCGACGAUGCAGCGAAUUUGCCAUCCAAGGCAACGAUGAGAGUUCAGGCUCGACACCUGCCAAACUUCCUGCUCCAGGUCUCGGCUUCGGUGCAGGCAGCCAAGGAAAGCGGCCUGCUAUCUCUAGCCCCACUGUCGAAAGCGCUCCCUGUAUGCCGGCAGAUCCGAUGCGAGAGCAUCAUGCUUCAGACGAGCCCACGCGACCUGCAUCACAAUCGGCUGCCAUACUAUAUCGAAAUUCGCCACCUGCGUCCCCUCGAAUCGUUGUUGAGACAGAACCCCCGACUCCCGUCAAAUCAAGCGAUGAGACUACCAUCCCUUCACCUUGUUAUGCUUCGCCUGAACAGUCGCCUAAAUUUCUUGCACCCACGAGCGCAUCGGAUCCCGACUUCUCCACUAGAAACAGUGGCGUUGUCGAGAUGAGCUCUGCAGUUGAGCCCAAGCUUUUCUCAAACGAGAAGCCCAAGCCUAGGCCCAGGACUGCCGAUGCUUCUCUAAUGCUCGAUCAGCACAUGGAUUCAGCCAUUGGGGAUACCUCAUCUUUGAAGCGACCGCUAUCCGCAGCGGGCCAUUCUCGGAACCGCAAAAGCUUUUCUUCGGGAAUUCUAGAUCAUUUUGCGGGCUCGUCAAGACGUUCAUCCUCGUCCAGCAACACGGGAAGCACUUCGGAUAUCUCUGAUCGUGAUGCCCGCGAGUCUUCAGAUUCUUUCGAUACACAUAAGAGGAUCUCGAAGGCGAAAAAACGGCAGAAGAAGGUGCGCUCAUGGGCCGGUGCCAUCUUAACCAGAGGCAAGGCCAAGCGCCAUGCGAAGAAGGACAUGAGUGAGAACAUUCAGCCUUCUGUCCCCGCCCCUGUGAUUACGAGAACCAACUCCGACCUUGGAUCGGGACUAGACGUGGACUUUGAUGAUGAUACCAUUGUUGUUAUCCGCACGCCUACUAAUCCUGCUACACCAGACGCUCGUCGUCCCACAUCUCAUGAUUCAAAUGUACCAUCUCUGGAGCAUUCGUGGAAGCCAAGGAGCUUCUAUGAACAGACAACCCAAAACGAUGCUCUCAGUCCUGUCAUCGACUUGGAUGCAGCUCUGGGGCCAUUCAAUACGCCUGACAUGCACUCUGGUCGUGUUGCGGAAAGUGGUUUCUCGGCAGCUACCAAGCGCAUGUAUAGUGGUGGUAGGCGAGGUGAAUUUGUCGGUCCAGAGAUGCGUUAUCAUCGCCGUGCGGAGAGUGCACCUGAAAUGCCACCCUUUGACCGCAGUUUUCUGGGAAACAACCGAUUCGUGAAUACUUCGACAUUGGAGAAUCCAGAUGUGCUUUAUGAAGAAGAAGAGGAUGCUUUCUUGGCUGCUACGAGCGAGUCUCCAGCUGAAAAUAUUGAGCGCCCGCUCUCACAGGUCAUCAUCUCAACUUCGCGUGAUGAUGCUGAGAGUAGGUCCGAGGAAAGCAAAAGCAGCUCUGAAACACUUACUGCCUACCCUGUGGUUGACGAGGUCCGUGACCAACCUCAUACUGGUCUUGGGAUUCAGGAAACUGAAACUCAUAUUAUGUCGACUGCCGAUGCUACUUCCUCCAUUCAAGAGGACCUCAGAUCUCGUACUGCAUCAAACCCUAUCCAUCAAUUGCAGAAUGCGGGCAACCCCUUUUCUAAUUCGCUGAGCGAUUCAGUCGAUGUCGCCGAGCAAGAAUCAUGGCAGCACCGCAUGCCUGUUCCUACAAGUCCCGACGUCUCUCCGCGAUUCAUGGCUGCUGAUACUCGGCCUACCACCUCCCCAAUGGAGCUGACAUAUAACAUCCCUCCACUGUCUCUCCAGGGAAGCACACUUGUCUCGAAUUCCUCUUUUCCGUCUCCCGACUUCACCGGCUGCUCAUCGGAUGCCCCUCGGUCGAUAAAUACACCAUCCACAAGUGACCAUAAUCUCUCGAAUCCUUCAUACAAUCCGUCCAUGGAUCUUCCACAGACGUCAGUUGAGGAUGUUCCUUCUCUCACAAGCAGUGCAUCCACGACGACGAAUACACCCCACAGAUUCUCUGGCACAUUCUUCGGACGUCCUCGGCUGUCCUCUGAUCGUUCUGCAUCAUUCUCUGAGGCUGUGCGUCGCCGCACCAGCCGUGCCAACAGCUAUAAGAGGUCUAGUCUUGCCAGCCUUUCUAAACUCGUUGUUGGCUCCCAGGGAGAGAAAAGCAAACUCAGUCAUGAAGAGAAGCCACCUGAAGAUGAGCCUGAAAAGUCCAAAAGGAAAUCUCACCGGAUCAGUCGUUUGAUGCACUUCUGGAGGAGCAAAGACAAAGACAGGCAGCAUGAACACGGGGUUCGACAAGAGCCACAAUUAUGA